AUGAGCCACAGCCUGGACGCGGCCCGGAGCUUCCUGGAACGGCUGGAGGCGCAGGGCGGCUGGGAGGGAGAGGUCCUCUCCAGCGAGUUCAGCAGCAUCCUGGCCCGCUCAGCUGCCUGGAAGACCAAGGGAGUGUGCUCUGCCAAGGCCGGCAGCCUGCGGGAGAACGUGAAGAAGAACCGCUACAAGGACGUGCUACCGUACGACCACACGCGAGUGAUCCUCUCCCUGCUGCAUGAGGAAGGACACAGCGACUACAUCAACGGCAACUUCAUCCGGGGCGGGGACGGAGGUCAGGCCUACAUCGCCACACAAGGGCCGUUGCCUCACACCUUGCUGGACUUUUGGCGCUUGGUGUGGGAGUUCCGGGUCAAGGUGAUUCUGAUGGCGUGUCGCGAGACGGAAAAUGGGCGGAAGAAGUGUGAGCGCUACUGGGCCCAAGAGCAGCAGCCACUGCAAAUCGGGUUUUUCUGCAUCACCCUGACCAGAGAGGCACAGCUGAACACAGACGUCACACACAGAUCCCUCCAGGUCACAUUCCAGAAGGAGUCGCGUUGUGUGCACCAGUUGCAAUACUCCUCCUGGCCAGACCGCGGCGUCCCCAGCAGCUCUGACACUGUGCUCACCAUGGUGGAGGAAGCCCGGCGUCUUCAUGGGACCAGCCCUGGACCACUCUGUGUCCACUGCAGCGCGGGCUGUGGACGAACAGGGGUCCUGUGUGCCUUGGAUUACGUGAGGCAGCUGCUGCUGACCGAGACACUCCCACUGGACUUCAGCCUCUUUCAUUUGGUGUUGGAGUUGCGGAGGCAGCGGCAGUCGGUGGUGCAGACAGAGGAGCAGUACCGGUUCCUACACCGCACGGUGGCCCAGAUGUUCCGCUCAGCGCUGCAGACAGCCAGCACCCAGUAUCAGAACGCCAAGGAGAUCCUUGGACCCGUCUGUGGCACUGAGGCCCUGUUCUCCUCGAGAGAGACUCCAGCAUGGCUUCUAGACACGUCCCACCAAGCAGGCGGGCUCCUCAGGAGCACCUCCGAGCCCGGGGCGCAGACCCUCACCAUGGCCGACACGUACGCGGUGGUGCAGAAGCGCGGGACCUCCUCGACGGCGGGCGCAGGUGCGGGUUCGGGCGCGCGGACAGGUGGCCCCGACGCGGAGAGGCUCUACAGCCACGUGACGCCGCGCGCCCUGCGGCCGGGAGCGCAAGCGGAGGACAACGCGCGGGGGGCGCCGCCUGCGCGCGCUGCUGCUGACCAAAGCCCUGCAGGACCUGACGCCUAUGAAGAGGUGGCUGAUCUGGCUCAGACCGGUGGAAUGGGCUUCAACCUGCGUGUCGGAAGGCCCAAAGGGCCGCGGGACCCUCCUGCCGAGUGGACCCGAGUGUGAGCGCCGCCCCCCACCCGCUCCGCUUGGAUCGGCCUGCUGCUGCUUGUGGGAGUUCAACACCACUCUUCCAUGCUACGGAUUGGAAAUGGGGACGCUGGACUUGGAUUACAAUAAAAGCCUGGUAGCCUGGGGACUUUGGGGGCUUCGCCCCACUGAUGCCGGUGUUCCAAGCUGGAGGCCUGGGCAGGUGCGGCUGCUCCCAGCUGAUGCCAGAAUGAACGUGGGGGUGGGCCUUGUGCUAUUGGGUUGGAUCACCUCCUGCUCUUACCAGCAUCUCAUAUGGGUGACGGAUGGAGUCCU